GGCUGCCCGUGUGGAAGGUCAAGGGGGCUUUUACGCACAGUUGGCGCCUUCUUGUUGACCGCGCACCACGAGCUGCUGCUGCGGUUAAUUUGUCUGUAACAUUGCGGUAUGGUUGCUGGAUCAGUGGCCGUGGUUUGAAUAUACUGGAGGGAGAAUGAGAUAUGAAAAACUGACCCCCAGGAGUGAGCAGAGCGCGAGACGUCUUUGAGUACGGCAUGGCUGUGGGGAGCGCGUCGCUUCUGCGAGCAGGGCUGCUGCUGUUGAUGGCAGGUCAAGUCCUGCAUACAGUGUCUGCCUGCAACAGGGGUUUCUACGAGAGGAUGAUCAACGAUCUCUGCUUAGCUAAGUUCAAAUUCGACAUGGGAGGGCUGGAGCGAGGCCUGUGGUGCAGCUGGCUGGACACCAUGGAGAUCUAUGAGGGGCUGACAAACUGCACCUACCAGGUGGCCUUGAGGAUGGACUGCUUCUGGCCAAAUCAGAUAGUGGACCGCUUCUUCAUGCAGAUUCACCGGGUCUAUUUCCACAACUGCGCUCUAACCGGCCGGCUCCUCCACGACCCGCCAACCGCCAUCCUUGCCCCGUUCAUUGCAGUGCCAGUGCUGAUCACCUUGCUCAUGACCGCCCUGGUAGUCUGGAGAAGUAAACGCACAGAGGGAGUUUUAUAAGGACUGGCCUUUAAAUUUGUGCUUGAAGCUUGUAAAUACAAAUGGACUUGGAAGCAGAGCAUGUCAUCAAAGAUUUUAGGUUAUUCUUGCAUAAUGUAUUAAGUUCCAGUUGUUUUAUCCUCAGAAUAAUAUGAAUAUGAGCAUACAGAA